CUCACAGACAGAUUCCCAUACUGCUGUGUUUUUCUGUAUGUGCAGUUCAGUGCCAAAACAGAGGUAACAAUGGAACCAGAAUUUGAGAGAAGAUUACUCAGGCAGCAAAAUGGACAGUCACCAAUCGGCUCACCAACAACUCUGCCAAUCUCACCAGGCAAGGCGGCGUCCCCAUCCAAGGACCGUUACAGCGACCGUUUCAUCCCCAGCAGAGCAGGCAGCAAUUGGCAGGUGGGCUUUGGAUCUAUCCAGCAGGAGACAGACGAAACACAGCCGACAGGGAGGAGAGGCAAGGAGGUCGGAGACUCCAGUAAAGACAUGCUGGCCUACCACUGCCUGCUGAAGAACGAGCUCCUCGGCGCAAACAUCGACAAGAUCAAAGACCCGCAAUGCGAGGAUAGAAGGAUGGUCAGUCCGCAGAAGGUCAAGCGGAAUCUCUUCCAAUACAACGUCCAAGCCAAGAGACCAAGCCUUGCUCAAGGAGAGGAUUCUCCUCCGUACUCCUUAUCACCGAUAGGAAAUAAAAGUCAAAAGCUGCUGAGAUCACCACGGAAGCCAAUGAGGAAGAUCUCCAAGAUUCCUUUCAAGGUCUUGGACGCUCCGGAGCUUCAGGAUGACUUCUACCUAAACCUUGUAGACUGGUCUUCAGGGAAUAUACUCAGUGUGGGCCUAGGUACAUGUGUUUAUCUAUGGAGUGCUUGCAAUAGUCAGGUAACAAGAUUAUGUGAUCUCUCAGGGGACGGGGAUACAGUUACCUCUGUGUCUUGGAAUGAAAGAGGAAAUCUGGUAGCCGUUGGAACGCACAAAGGUCUUGUUCAGGUAUGGGACUAUGCAGCUCAGAAGAAACUACAUGCAUUGGAUGGCCAUGCGGCUAGAGUUGGGGCACUGGCAUGGAACGCAGACAGCUUGUCGUCCGGCAGCAGAGAUCGAAUGAUCCUGCAGAGAGAUAUCCGCAUGCCAGGGGUCAUCCGACGGCUCGGGGGUCAUCGUCAGGAGGUGUGUGGUCUGAAAUGGUCACCUGAUCAUCAGCAUCUAGCUUCAGGAGGCAAUGAUAAUAGGCUGUUUGUAUGGAACCACUCCAGCACCUCCCCCGUCCAGCAGUACACCGAACACAGUGCGGCGGUGAAGGCCAUUGCCUGGUCGCCCCACCAGCACGGUCUGCUUGCCUCAGGGGGCGGUACGGCAGACCGAUGCAUCCGGUUCUGGAACACACUGACAAGCCAGCCUCUCAACUACGUGGACACCGUCUCACAGGUCUGCAACCUGGCCUGGUCCAAACACGAUAAUGAACUGGUGAGCACGCAUGGCUACUCGCAGAACCAGAUCCUAGUUUGGAAGUAUCCAUCGUUGGUCCAAGUCGCCAAGCUUACGGGUCACACCUAUAGAGUUCUAUAUCUGGCGGUGUCUCCUGAUGGGGAGGCCAUUGUAACAGGGGCAGGAGAUGAAACGUUACGCUUCUGGAACGUCUUCAGCAAAUCAAGAUCGACAAAAGAAUCCAAGUCUGUGCUCAACCUGUUCAACCAUAUUAGAUGAGUGUGGGAUGCUACAAGCAAACCAGAACUUUAGGUUGUUCCUCAACAAAAACAAUUUAGACAAUGAGAAAAAUCAUGGAGACACUAAACCACUUAUAUCAUUGUAUAGGUAUUACAAGAGCCAGCCGAAUUGGGAUUUUGAUUGUAUUAUCAGAUUGGAUUAGAGUAGCACAAAGCAAUGAUGAGGUUUUCUUGUCGUGGAUUAUUUUUAGUACUGAGACGGCAAUGAGUUAUGUUGGAGGACCCAGAUGAUUAUAGCUUUUACAGCUGAUUUACAUUAAACGUCACUCGUCGUGUCACCAAUUAUUGGGUUGGAGGAGCAUAGACCAACAGCGCAGUUUCUGGAUGUGGAAUAUUCAUCUACAUCAAAUUGGAAAAAAAAAAGGAUCAAUAAGGUGAUCAUCAUAGCUUCUAGGGCUGGUUCGCAAUAUACUUGACACAUGUCAUCAGUUAUUGCGGUGGAGGAACACAGAGCAAUGGCACUGUUUCUGCAUACUGAAUGAGUGUUCACGAGAUGAUCAUCACGGCUCUUUACAUGUCAGCUGCUUUACAAAAGUCUUUACAUACUUUAUAUAUAGUGUCACCAGCAGGGUUCCCACAGUCAUGGAAACUCCUGGAAAAACUUCUGGUCAGGGAAAAGUCAGGGAAUUUGGAAAAUUUGUGAAAAGUCAUGGAAUUGCAUUUACCUCUUGGCUAUGGCAGCUUUCCAGUUUGUUGUGUCUUGCAACUCUCAUACUCUGUGAUCGUACUCUGCUAAUAUAAUUGGUGUUCAUGAUUUCCAUUUUUCCCAGUUUUGUGACAUCCCAAAUUCUACUAAACUCCCGGGACGUCACGGGAAGUCAUGGAAAGCAGCAAUUUAGUCAUGGAAAAGUCAUGGAAUUCUGUUUUCAAAUUUCUAUGGGAACCCUGACCAGGGUCCCGUAAAGCAAAGGUUGACGAUUAAUCAUACUCUUGAUUUUCACGAUUGAUUGUACAUUGUAGUAAAUGCAAUCAAUUAUAAAAUAAUGUUCUACGAUCAUUGCCAAGCUUUGUGUUACGGGCCCCAGGUUUGGGAUUGGAUACUAGCAAUGCCAAGGUUUCUUGGUGCAGAAUGAGUGUUAGCGAGAUGAUCGUCACAGCUCUGAAUCUAGGGUGGGAUCUACUGUUCAGGUUCUUCAUAGAUCGCCAAAUGUGGCACCAAUCUGUUAAUGGUAGGUUUCAAUUCGGAAGCAUAUUUGGUAUUCAAACAAUUUAAUAGCGUCUGGAAAUGAAACAAAUAUAGUUUUCUACACGAUUAUUUAAAGGCAUAGGAGAAAUAAGCCCAGUGAAAAUAAGAAACAUUCAAUGUCAAUAGGUUUUAAAUUUUGGCUCCCCGUAACUUUAUUACGUAAUACUUACAAAGACCUUUGCUUGAAUCUAAUCAGAAUUCAAAAUAUGAGCCAAUGAAGUCUAUGGUCCACUUAGUCCUAACUCGGGCGAUAGAAUUCUGCAUGUAUGUCCGUAACACAAGCUUAACAAUUGAUCAUAGAACUAAGUUUUUAAUUGAUUGCAUAAUAUACGAUGGAUUUCAUGAUCAUCGCUAAGCUUUGUAUUACAGGAUCAGGUAGCAUUGUUGAAGAGGCAUGAUGCCCUGGAAAAUAUAUUGUAGCUCAAGAGAUGUACUUGAACAAAAUUAUGAAAGAUUUUUUUAUAUUAUUUUGUUCACCGUAAAUCAACAGAGUUGCUUCAGAGAGGAAUAUGCUGCUUAAGCUUAGGGGUCCCUUGUUUCAGAAAAAUGUUUGGCAAUAUAUCGACCACGUCAUAUGUCAGCCAUUUCAAAAUUAUGUAUAAUUAUAUAAACGGCUUUAUGUAAUCUCCCAAGGACGUGUAAAACAUUACAUGAUUAUAAGCAUUUCCUCCUCAAUACUUCACUUUCAUUUGUGGUGGUUGACAUGCCUAACAUAGCAACUCCAAUGUAGAAAAUGUAUGGUUUCUCAGAAGUUUAUUUCAGGCUACACUGACUCUCCUCGGUAAAUGUUAAAUGCAGUUACAGGAAUGAGACACACAGGGCACACCACAUGGGAGGGAAUUUUGACUGUUAAAAAUAUUAUUUUUCUUAAUAAAUGAAGAGGAGAAAAAAAAAUAGAAAGAGAUGCAAAGAAGAAAGGAUAUUGAAAAGAAGGCUAUUUUUUUAUUUAGAUUUGAAUUCUUUAGUUUUUAUCUUUCAAGAAUAUAAUUGGUUGUAUCAAAUCGAAAUAAGUUUGAAUAUAAUUUCCAUCUUUUUUUUUUAACACUAAGGCAAAGAUUCAAAUGGCAUAUUUAUACUUAUUUUUUAUCAUUUUGUUUCUGAUCAUGAUUAUCUUUUUAUGAUUUUUUUAAUAUGAUUUUAGAUUGAUUUUAUGUAGUUUUGGGAUAAUGAAAAAGGUCUUAUUAAUCAUGAAAACUAAAACUUAACAAAGUCCUUAAUUAAAAAAAGGGAAAAAGACUUACUAGGUUUUAUGAAUUUGAUUUUACCCUUUUCCUAAUUAUGAUUCUUAAAUUUUUAUUUUUAAUAUAUAGAAACAAAGGUAUGAAAAUUUAUUUUGGGGGGCCAAUAUUCUUGAAAGGUCGUGAAAGAAAGAAGAAAUUAUGGGCCUAUUAACUGGUUAACUUAUUUUCAUCUAUAAUUUUGAGAACAAAUAUUGGAUUAGUUUGUUUUACAAUAUUAUGAAGAGUGAGGUUAGAAGUAAUGAUAUGGCUUUGAAAUUUAAAAAACUCAGUAAACCACUGCACUCCAUGAAUAAUAUUAUGUACAUGACUGUAAAUAAUGCACAAAAUAAAUCAUGUGUCAAAGUA